AAACAUGUUGUUUCCUUAUGUAAUAAAGGUAGAUUUCAUCAUCCUUAUAUUAUAAGGUUUAUGUUUAAAGAUGUUAAAUAAAUACGAGGAUGCAAUCACUUGGUCGGACAAGGCAUUAGCUAUUGAUCCAAAAGAUGUUGUUUCCUUAUUUAAUAAAGGUAGAUUUCAUCAUCCUUAUAUAAAUAGGUGAAUGUUUAAGGAUGCUAAAUAAAUACGAGGAUGCAAUCAAUUGGUCGGACAAGGCAUUAGCUAUUGAUCCAAAACAUGUUGUUUCCUUAAGUGAGAAAGGUAGAUUUCAUCAUCCUUAUAUUAAUAGGUGAUUGUUUAAGAUUAUUGAAGUAAUUUGAUAAAUCUGAAAAAAUUCUCCAUUAAGCUAUUUAGCUCAAUCCUAACCACACAUUUAGUCUUGAUAGUCUUGGUAUGUGUUGAUUUUAUAUUUCAGGAAUCUGCUUACAAGAUUAGUAGAAAUACUAAGAAGCUCUAAUAUAUUAUGAAAGAAGUUUAAAGGUCUAAUCAAAUAACACAUGGACCAAAAAUCAAAAGGGUACUUGUAUUUUGUCAAUCUAGAAUUUUGUGAACAGAAAUUGA